AUGUUCGACAGCGACAUCCGCUCCCACGCAGCUACUGAGAAAGUACUGCCGAUGCUAGAGUCUGCCGUCCUCUCACUACUCGGGUACCUGCAUCUCCCUGACCCUGCAAGUUCCGCUGAUCUCCUUCCCUCGUCAAUGGAAUCAAUCAUGGACUUCUGGGAGUCAUGGGUUUUCCAAGAAUCAGCACGUCGGACGGUCCUCCUUGGACUUUAUUCUAUCCAAAUCUAUAAAUUGUUGCAUGGAACUGCCUCCAUGUAUUGUGAUGGGCGAUUGGGCCUUGUACAUGCGUGGUAUUCAUCAGCACAUCUAUGGAACGCUGAGACUGCAUUUGAUUUUGCAGUUGCCUGGACAGAAAGACAACAUUUUGUUAUUUCGAAUGCUGAUUUCUCAGAUGUGCUACAAAACGCGCAUGCAGACGAUGUGGAUUUAUUUACAAAGAUGCUGCUGGUUACAGUUCUAGGCGUUGACAAGGCCAAGGCGUGGUUUUAUGCUCGAGGGGCUUUACUAUGA